GCCGCCUAGCAACUCCAAGCUUCAAAUUCGUCACGGUAGCAAGAGCAAGCAGAGGGGUCAAGCAAAGCGCAAAGUGAACUCCGGCAUGAGCAUCAAUGUCGACAGGACUUCUUCGGAGUCUAGCGCGCAGGCUUCAACGCUAUCAUAGCCCUUCUCUCCAGCCGCACAGCUUGGCGAGACAGGCGGCCAGAGCUGAAAUCGAUGAGGGACUGCAAUUGGCUCGAUCAGAGCUGGGGUGGCUGCAGGACGGCGCCCGUCAGACCGUCGAGGAAGGCGAUGUCUCGUCAUCUGCCUCAAAACUGUCGCAACAUGAACGUAAACGCAGUAUCUCACGCCGCCUUGUCGAGCUGGUGCGCCGAAGAGUCAAUGAUCAUGAACCCGUGGCGUACCUACUAGGCUGCCAGCCCUUUGGCCCGCUGGACUUAGCUACCAGGCCACCAACGCUCAUUCCACGACCAGAGACCGAAGAGUGGGCGCUUCGCCUUGCCUCGAUGGUCACCAAGAUGCUUCAAAGGCACGAAGAUGGUGGGCCGCUUCGCUUGCUCGACCUCUGUUCUGGCUCAGGCUGCAUUGGGCUCCUCCUAGCUCACCAGGCGCGACGCUGCCACACUGCCUUGCAGGUCACCUGCGCAGACGUCUCUCCUCAAGCACUCAAUCUCAUGCGGGAAAAUGUCCGUCGCAACGGUCUGAGCGACGCAAGUAUCGCUAUGAUGCAGGCCGACGUCUUCACCUCGGCGGACAUGCAGCACCUUGUCGAAGACGGUGGGCCCUUCGACGUCAUCGUCUGCAAUCCACCUUACAUCACAGUCAAGGAGUACGAUGAGGAGCUCGACGAGAGCGUGAGGGCGUGGGAGGAUCGACGAGCAUUAGUAGGCAAUGCGACGAACGGCAUAGAUGAUGGGCUAGUCUUCUACCGACGAUUGGCAGAGCUACUGCCCUUCCUGACGGGCAGAGCCAGCAUUGGCUCUCCUUCUCCACGACUGCCACUAAUCGUCGUCGAAGUUGGCAAGGGUCAAGCGCCAGCCGUGCGCGACAUCUUUGCCAGCUCGCCCCUUGUCGCGAGGUGCGAGACGUGGACAGAUGCUUGGGACGUAGAGCGGGUCGUUCUAGCCUAUCCACAUGUGAUACCACCAAGCAAGUGAUAAUGCAACGAAUCAUCGAUUGAUA